AGAUACAGUGAGCGUGACGUAACUUUGUUGAACUGGUCACGUGGAUAUUUUCUACCGAAGGUUAUACCACAACAGUCGGUUUCGUUUACUCACAAUGUUUGAACUAUUUCAUGAUUUAUAGAUGUGUUAUUUUAUCCCCACUGAAUUAUUCUUAAAAACCUGCCAAAAAAGUCUGUUUCAUUCAUUUCGAAGAACCAAGAUGGCUGCACCCAUGCACUGACUGAAGCAGAUAUGUAAUCGUGAAUAGUAGCCUGCUGCAUAAUGCUGCAUAAUGCCUUGCAGAGCUUCUGAUCAAUUUGUCCUUGGUUGACACAACUUGAACUUGACACAAGUAUUCAGUCGAAGGGUUGGGGAGCGUUGACCCUGUCAAGAUGGGAAGAUCAGUGAAUCUCCUCAACCAGAUGGCCAUAUUCAUGACCAUGCUGACGGGAGGAGGUUGUGGAAUGAUGUACUAUUUAAUGCAGAAGAAUUUUUCCCAGGCAGAGUAUUAUCGCUUAGCCCUGGAACAACUGAAUGGCCACUCAACAGCCAUGGCUGGUCUGGGUGCCCCUCCACUCAAGGUCCACAACCUGCACCUAACUGACCGAUACAACCGCAUGGACCACAACAGGGCACAGAUCAAAAUUCCAGUGACUGGAUCCAAAACGGGUGGCUAUCUCUUUGCCACAUCUGUCAGAGACCCUUUCAAGAAAAGGUGGAACCUUGAGGAGGUGGUGCUGCAGCUCAGGGAGGGUGAGCGCAUCGAGGUGUUCACUGAGCCAAAGAAAAGUGAAUAGAGCCGGUGGCCACUGCAGAGACAGAACCAGCUUUCAACAAAUCCACACUUCGUCUGUGUCAACCCGUGACUUUCCUGUGUAACUGUGCAGAACUGUGCUGUGCACUGUACACUGGCGUGUCUCAGACUCCUCCAAUGGUUCCAUAUGGUACCAGGUUCAGAGCUUACAGUGAGAUGGCAUGUCAGCCAAUGGAAAGGCUAUUGAUAUGUACAGAACUCUAAGGACCUGGCGGAAAAUGAAAAAAGACGCCUGAAUGUAAAAGAUGAUGCAGGCAUCCCUCAGCUGAAGUGAUGUUUAAAACAUUUAAAUGAUUAAAAAAAUCGGAGAUACA